UUGAACGGACCAAUAGCAGCAGGGGGCUGAGCUUGUGGAGACUUUCUGAGUUUGUGAGAGAGUUGAAAGAAAGAAGAAAGAGACGUACCUGAAGCUAGCUCGCAGGCUAGCUGAAUGUCCUACCGUGUCGCAGAUGUGUCGAAAGCCACGGGAAAGGACGGAAUGUGGGGGGUUGGAUAUAUAAAGCUGGGAAUGGGGUUGUUUGUAAGUAACGUGGUUAUUGGACCGAUCGGUUCGGUGACAGUGGAGGCAGCGCUGACCGAGAGCCGGCUGCCUUGUGUAGGAGUGAACAACCAGAGCUACUUCUGUGAUUCGGGCCACUGCUGUGGAGAAUCUCAGUGUUGCAGCUAUUACUACGAGGUGUGGUGGUUUUGGUUGUUUCUGACUCUCAUCAUCAUUCUGGGCUGCUGCUGUGUGUGUCACCACCGUCGAGCCAAACACAGACUGCAACAACAGCAGCGGCAGCAUGAGAUCAACCUCAUCGCUUACAGAGAAGCCCAUAAUUACACAUCUCUACCCUUUUAUUUCAGCUUCCUGCCUGGCUACCUCUUACCCGCAUACGAGGAAGUCGAGAACAGCCCUCCGACGCCCCCGCCUCCGUACAGUGCCUCUCAGCCGGGCCAGUCCACCAGCACUGACCCCCUGUGCUCUGAACAACCAGAUGAGCUCUGCACUCCACUGGAGUCCAGCCCCGUCAUCCCGUCUGCAUCUGACAACUGUUCCCCGCGACCCUGCGUAGAGCAGUCACAUACUCCCACUGCACACCGCCCUGUCAGAAACACCCACAAACCACAGUACCUCAGCCGAGAAGAGGACGGGCAGCCCCAGCAGGUGGCGUGCGCUACCUCACACAGCCCGGUCAAACAGGGCAGCUCCGGCGAGGAUCUGACUGAACCCAUAGAAGACUGUUCUCCCGACAGCAAAGAAAAGACUCCAGGACGCCACCGGCGCUUCACAGGUGACUCUGGGAUUGAGGUAUGCGUUUGCAACCAGGGGCCCGGGGACGGAGAGGAAGAGGAGGAGAUGAAAGAGUUUGUGGGGCACAUGGAUGGAGGGGUGCUCGAGCAGCAGGACUUCUGUGAUAGCUGCAACCCCCGUAGCAGCAGCCACCCUCCUCGUGGUCCGAGGGAUGAGGAACAGGGCCUGGCUGCCUCAGAUGUGCCUCUAGAGCAAAGAGAGCAUCAGCGACCUCCAGUCUGCCUCCAUCUGCACACCAUCAACGAACAGGACGGUCCACAUCACGCCAAUAACACGGACCCCCAGAGUUGAGCACAACUGGUUCCAGCAGAGACUUACUUUAGACUGCUGUCUCCCUUUACUUUCUCAAGAUACAUCAGUUUGUACUGUCAGCAAUGUCACUUUGGGUGUGUUUGUGUGUGUGUGAGAGAGUGAGAGAGAGUUUUAAAAGGGCGUUAAUGUGUGAGUCCUUACGGUUUUUAUGGAUUAAUAGGGUAAUCUAAUAAAGACGUUAAUAGGUCUGUUGCCUCACAGGGAGGUCAUGAUCAAAGCCACAGGGGAAAUUCUCCUCAGUUUAUAGCCUUAUCGAGCUCUGAGUGACAUGCCUGUAGGCUUUUUGUUGGUUUUUGAGGGCUGAUUGCCUCCACCUGAGAUGAAGAUGGCACUCAAGGUCGGGGGAUACUGAUUUGGGCUGGCUUUUGUUCCUGAAUUCUUACCUUUAAUAACAUUUUAAAAUACUUAAAGGGACAGUUCACCCAAAAAUGAAAGAUCUGUCAUUAUUUAGUCACUCUCAUGGCAUUCCAAACGCACAAGACUUUGUCUUGUUUUUAAAGAAGUUUAUCUUUAAAACACAAAGAUAUUUUUAAUAAAACCCGAGAGAUCCAUUUAAAAAAGUCUAUUCCACUAAAAGUUGAUGCUUCAAAAAGUUCAAGAUUGUAAAAUAAAUCCAUAUGCAUAUACAGUACAUAGAGCACAUCAAAUAUGGUAAAUAAAAGAUGAAACAAACGUGAUGCACGAGAAUCAGUGACGUUUCUUCUUACACAUCAAGCAAGUACAGUUGAACUUCUGUUUCUAUGGGUUCCUUGAUCAGUGUUUAUAUGUGAAUAAAAGCUUAAAUAAAUUUCAAAGGAAGUACAGAAAUUAUGCAGGUUUGAUUAAAAGUAUCUUUAUUUUUGUUUAAAAGAAAAUCAAAAGUCUUAUAAGUUUGAAAUGAUAUGAAGAUGAGUAAUUCAUAACAGAAUUAGCAUUUUUUUUGGUGAAUUAUCGAUUAUAUAUUGUGCACACACAAAAAAAAGGAAAAGAUGGCCACAGAGCAGUCUGCUAAUACUUCAGAGCUUUAAUAUUCAGUUGUUGUGUCUUUUUAUUUCUUGUCUUUUUUUUCCAAAAAUGUUUGAUCUGGAGUAGCUGCAUGAUGCUAUUCAGAAAAAUGAAGGAAAGUAAUUAUCUCAAAUAUGUAUUUUUUGUCUUUUUGUAUCAAUAAGUGACCAUGCUCCCUACCUAGCAGGGUAUGGUUGCCAUUUGGUUUGGUUUGUCUCAUCAUUGUAUAACAUGGUCUCGGGCUUUAUCCAAUUUUUUGCAUGAUUAUUUGCAUAAACUGAAUAGAUCCACAUGCUAUAUAGUAAUACAUUUUGAAGUUCAUUGUGCAAAGACUCUUUAAAUGAAGGCUGAAAAUACCUUUGUAUAGACUGAACCCAGCUUGUACAUUUACACUAGGUGCCUUUGUUGAUUUGAGUAGUUUUCAUAUGCCUUAAAGAGAAGAGUGUGUGUUGUAGAAUUUCUGCAUAAAAUAAUUAAGGGCCAGUAUGAGUGAAGAUUUUGAUCAGUGGUAACGUCUUGUUUGAAAGGAUCACUUGAUAAGCCUUCCAUCGAAACAUAUCAUUUAAAUAUGGAAUUUCUUUAUUCUCCCAUAAUGCUUUUAAGUUGUUUUUGUAUCUUUAACACUGUAAUGGAACUCUUGCACCACUAACAGUAACUUAUGUAUAGGCCUUAUUAAGCUUUUAAUUUGCAUUUUAUUGUAGUAGAUCAGGUAAGGUUACUGUCAUGUUAGUGUAGCACUUAUGUCGGGUUCAUGAUGAGAUUGAGAUUUGUUUUUCUGUGGCAGUGAGACCAGUCCAAAGCUGCUCCACU